AUGUCACUUGUGCUGCUUAUCUUUGGUUGUGUUACCUGGACUGUCGGAGCGUACAAGAAAUCGGACCCACCGAACAUCGUCUUCAUCCUGGCCGACGACCUGGGAUGGGCGGACGUGAGCAUGCACGGCUCCGCGCAGAUUCCGACGCCCAACAUCGACGCCCUUGCCAGCACGGGAAUGGUGCUGAACAACUACUACGUGCAGCCCCUCUGCUCGCCUUCCAGGGCUGCACUGAUGAGCGGUCUCUACGCCAUACACACAGGUUUUCAAGAAGGUGCCAUAUUGCCCGGAGUGCCAGCGGGGUUGUCCCUGAACGUGAAGAUUAUGCCCGAGUAUCUCAAGGACCUGGGCUACGAAACACACAUUCUAGGAAAGUGGCACAUCGGAUACUUCAACCUGAACUAUACUCCAACUUAUCGAGGCUUCGACAGCUUUUGCGGCUUGCACACGGGGCCUGACGACUACUACAGCCACAUCUUGGAAUGGCCCCUGUUCCUGUACUUGGCGCAUCAGGCAACACACGGCGGGAUCAAUCCGACUCCACUGCAAGCCCCGGGGGGAAACGUGGCUAAAUUCCCGUACAUCGGUGAACCGGACAGGACGAUUUAUGCAGGAAUGGUGGACGCCCUGGACCAGUCGGUCGGGGCUGUCCUGGAGGCGCUCGAAGCAGAGUCCAUGCUCGAGAACACGAUCAUCGUGUUCAGCUCGGACAACGGUGGCUCCCCCACGGGAUUCUUGGCCAACUACGGUUUCAACUGGCCCUUACGCGGAGCCAAGGGGACACUCUGGGAAGGCGGUGUCCGUGCAAGCGCCUUCGUCUGGAGUCCACGGCUCCGCCAUGGCGGGAAGGUCUCACAGCAGCUUAUGCACAUCACUGAUUGGUUGCCAACGCUUUAUUCGGCAGCUGGAGGAGACGUGAAACGCCUGGGCCCCCUCGACGGUGUCGACAUGUGGCACUCCCUCGUCGUCGGCAAGCCGUCACCUCGCACCGAGAUAUUGCUCAACAUCGACGAGAAUACCCGAACGGCUGCUUUGCGUCACCGAGACUUCAAGCUGGUCGUGGGGUGCACCAGAACGCUGGACGCGCGCUUCGAGAUCCCAGGAGGAAGCCGACCGUACGCUGACCUGGACGUCCUGCUGAAGCAGUCCAAGGCAGCCGCUGUGCUGCGACGAUUCUACGGCAAGAAGCCCGUGUUCAAGCACGUCGACAAAUGGAGGCGGCAGGCGACGAUCGAGUGCGAUCCCUCUCGUCACGUUAACUUCGCUUCGGGAGGCACCUACUACCUUUUUAACAUCGCCGAUGAUCCGUGUGAGCAGCGAAACCUGGCUGAGGAGCGACCGGACGUCCUUUCCAUGUUGCUGAAAAAACUGUCCGCCUACAACGAGACUGUGGUGCCACCUGUGACUACAAUGGCAGACCCCCGGAGUUAUCCCGACCAACACAACGGGAUAUGGGCACCAUGGCUGUAAAAGUGAACUCUGUUGUGUACUUCCCAUCGGCAUAAUUUUGAAGAACUUUGACCACCAACAUCGUUACACUAUAUACAUCAGG